UGUUCAUGCAAAUCUAACGCCAGGAACCUCGUCGUAUGUAUAGACGGUACCGCCAAUCAGUUCAGCGAAAAAAACACCAAUGUUGUCGAGCUUUACAGCCGGCUAGUCAAGGACGAGACGCAGCUCACGUACUACAACAGCGGUAUCGGCACGUAUGCGAAGGAGAGCAAGACAUCGUUCAAGUAUUGGAGGCAGACCUUCGAUCACACCGUCGACAUGGCAAUUGCAUGCUGGGUACGGAUUGUCCUCGAUGCCUACCAAUGGUUAUCUGAGAAUUACCAACCAGGGGAUCGAAUCUUCUUUUUG